AUGAGUGUACACGAAGCACAUGGACCACACGGUAAACACACAAUGGAAAUGGACAUGGAUGAAGAUUCCUGUUCGAUGAAUAUGCUUUUCACUUGGUCGUAUAAGAACACGUGUGUCGUUUUCAGAUGGUGGCACAUCAGGUCAUUUGCUGGAUUAGUUGGUAGUUUCAUUAUGAUUGCUUUACUAGCAUACCUGUAUGAGUAUUUGAAAUACCAACUAUAUAAUUUCCAAUGUAUUCAAGAGAACCAGCCACUUGUAGCUGUAUCCUCUUCUGCAAGAAGAAGAAUUAAGAUAUAUGAAGGUCUAGGAUACGCACUACAAGUGGGAUUUUCAUUUAUGUUGAUGCUUGUUUUUAUGACCUAUAAUGGGUGGUUAAUGCUUGCUGUUGUGGUGGGUGCCUUUUUUGGUCAUUAUUCAUGGAACUUACCGCCAAGUGCCAUAACCGACCACAGCACGCUGGCAUGUCAUUGA